UGGCACAUGCAUUGAGGAACGCCAGGGGUGUUGCAGGGAAGACUGCUGCAAAAUCAUCCAAGCGAUGCGCGUCUCCCAAGAAUAAACCCAAUUAUGGCGUGCUCAUGAUUUGUGUGUAGAAUCGAAUGUCAUGUUUGGGUAUUAUGGACUGUGAAUUACAGGCGCAAAGACAAAUUCCUAUUUGAUGCGGACAGUAUGAUACUCAGACGUGUCUAGAAUCUCAGGUUCUCCAGUGAUGGGCGCUCGAGUGUGUGACGUUUCACCGGGAGACGAUCACAAUGUAUGAACACGGCGCGGUUUACGUUCAAGUCGUCGGCCGCGAACAGAUUCAAUAAUUACUGGCGACAUUGGGAGUUAUUUUUCUAACGGAACAAAAUGGUUUUUAGGUUCUGCAUUUUGCAACAUAGUAAAUUUGUUCGUUCUCUCUCCUUGCCGGUGAGCGCGCGGCCGCAUGGGCCUGGGAGAUGCGUGACGCGCCUGUACCGCGUCUCCUGGAUGGCAGAUAUUUGCAUAUAGGGCCUCCUGGUCGCCAGAAAGCAUGCAAUGAUGAUGCUAUAGAGGAGAGAUGGCAUCGCACGUGUGUGAUGUGACUACUCCCGUGCCAUGGAAAGUCUGAUCCUGAUGAGCACGGGUUCGAGGAUGUGCCACGGAGCCUCUCAGGGCCUCCGCACCUAUUGCGCGCAUCUGCUGGUAGCUUCCUUGCUGGUGUCCAUGACGAUGUCAAGCUCACCUGUUGCAGGCGGUGUAGACUCCAACGGAACGACAGCAGCACGGUCAUCAUCGUCACCCUCUUCCAGAUGGCCAGUUGCCAGUCCACCCAAAGACACUGGUCACCCUGGUAACACUGACGCUGCCUCAGUGGAUGAUGAAGCUCAGGGCAUACACCUCCUCCUGAGACCCCCGGACCUGCUGUCCCCCAGUCAGCCCCCUCCUCUUUCCCCCCACAGCCAGCCCACCCUCACCCCUCCUCCGCCCUGGGAGCACGCCCCCUCCCUAGAGGAGGCCUGGGGCUCCGGAGACUACCUGGAGACGCUCUCCUUCAUGGACCCAGAGGGGGAGGAACUGGCCCUGGCCACAACCUUACCCAGCCACACCUAUGACCCUGACGACGGGACCUCCUACGACACCUCCUUCCCCUCUCGCCCAACACUCCCCCUGUCUUCCAGCCUCCUCCGACCCUCUACGUCCCUCACCUCCCCCCUCCAGGAGGGCCUCCCCUUCACCCACCCUGCUGAACCUGAGGGAUACCCUCCCUGGGAUGAAGAAGACUACGACCUGGGGGACAUGUUUCCUCUGGAGCCCACGGAGCUGCUGCUGCCGGAUAUGAACAGUAUGGAGUACUACACCAAUCUGCUGGCCAGAGAGAGAGAUGAGGAGAGGAACAGGGAGAGGGAACGGGAGAGAGAGAGGGAAAGGGAGCAAGAGCGAGAGAGAGAGAGGGAAAGGGAGCGAAAACGGGAGAGAGAGAGGGAAAAGGAGCAAGAACAGGAGAGAGAGAGGGAAAAGGAGCAAGAACGGGAGAGAGAGAGGGAAAAGGAGCAAGAACGGGAGAGAGAGAGGGAAAAGGAGCGAGAACAGGAGAGAGAGAGGGAAAAGGAGCAAGAACAGGAGAGAGAGAGGGAUAGGGGGAGGGAUAAAGAUUGGGAAAGAGACAGAGAUGGAGAAAUUGUCAUCCCACCCCCAAAGACCACUCCCAAACUCGGCAUCGCACCCACCGCUACCACAAAAACACACACCCACACACACACUCAUGCCCCGUCCCCCUCCCCUAGCACAGGGCCCCCUCCAGCCCGGGAUCACAAGCACACCCUUGUCCCCUCAGCGGGUCCCACCCCUCCCCUGACCCUCUCACCCACUCCCUGGGAUGGUCAGGGUACCCUCACACCUGGAGUUAGACCCACCUCCAGAGUACCCCCCUCAGCCUCCUGUUCCGCGGCCCAGAGUCCCCCCAUCUACUCCUGGCAGACACCCUCCACUGCCCCCCUCGAACACCACCAGCCUGGCUCGCCCCCCCAUGCUGCGACCUCCAGGGAGGGACCCCAUAAAACCACCACCACCCGUGACCUAUGUCCCCGGCAACCGACCGACGACCACUACCAAGGCAACCACUGUUACCACGACAACCACUGGCACCCUGGUGAGCGUCACCUGGACUCCCCCAGUCCAGGCCCCUCCAGGACGCCAGUACCUGUGUAACGUCACCAAGCCUGACAUGUACCUGGUCAGAGUGGUCCUGCCUAAGUCUGCCUCCACUGUGGGCUUUGGCCAGGUCAGGGACAUCUUGAAGAGGGAGUUCAACUGCUCAGUGGAGCUACAGGUCCUGAGAACUCCGUCUAGCUUUGCGUUCCGUGCUGUGGCGGGACCUCUGAUCUUCACCGCCAUGUCUGUCAUCAACGCUCUGCGCCAGUCAACACCAGGCUCCUCCUCGUUACCCACUGUCUCACCCCUCUACAGCAUACCUGAUCACAAGUACCAGAUACACUCUGUGCUGCAGUUCGUGCCCAGUCAUGUGGAUGUGCGUGUGUGUAACUUCAGUGAGCGAGUAGAGAGAGGAUUGCUGAUGGCCUACACAGAGACACGCCGACGUGCACAUGAAUUUGGCAAUGUUACUGUACAGCUUCUGAACAUCACCAUGGGUCAGGCCAAGCCACAGGGUGACCAGAAGGUUCCUGUGGACAUCAUGUUUGCGUUGCGUGAUGGACGGGGCUACCUGUUAGGGUCAGAGGUCAGCGGUCACCUGAGACACCUAAGCACGGUGGAGUUCAGCUUCUACCUGGGCUUCCCCGCGCUGCAGAUCGCUGAACCCUUCCACUACCCCGAACUGAACGUUUCUCACCAUCUACGCUCCUCCUGGGUCCGCACAGUGUUACUGGGUGUCCAGGAGCAGACGGUAACUGAGCGGAGCUUCAAGGCUUGUCUGGAGCGCCGUCUGGCCCUGCUGCUGGAGGAGGGGCUGGGGGAGGGGCUGGGGGACGGGAGUCAACGGCGCCGCUGGAAGAGAUCCACGGCCGUGGGUAACAACAGCUUACAGGUGGUGCGUGUGUCGAGACUGGCAGGUUCAGGGCGUUCUCUGGAAGUGGUGUAUUUUGUGGAGGGACCAGGGGGGGAGAGAGUUCCUGCUGAUGCCACCGCUGCCACCCUCAACCGCCUGGAGCUGCAACGGGCUGCCAUCGUACUGGGGCACCGCGUCCAGAGACCCCUUGCCCAGCCUGUGGAGACGCUGACAGUGCCCCCGUCUGAGACUCCGAGCAGCAGUGUCUGGCUGAUUGUGGGGGUGGUGGUGCCUGUCCUGCUGGCUAUCUUCAUCAUCAUCAUCCUCUACUGGAAACUGUGCGGCUCGGAGAAGCUGGAGUUCCAGCCUGACGCCAUCAACACCAUCCAGCAGAGACAAAAGCUGCAGGCUCCCAGUGUGAAAGGGUUUGACUUUGCCAAGCUCCACCUGGGGCAGCAUAGUAAGGAUGACAUCAUGGUGAUCCAGGAGCCUGGUGCCCUCCCUAUGCCCAUCAAAGAGGCCACCCCCUCUGAGGGAGGGGAUGUCAACACUCCCAAAUCCAAGGGCUCCUCCACCAAGGCUGCCCGCGCUAACCGCCGUAGGGGGAGACUGUCCCCGUCAGACGGUGACUCGUUAGGUAGCGACCAAUCGAGUGGCAGAGAGUCUGCAGAGGAGACCACCAGACAUGUGGCCACGCCCCACGAGGGGAAACAGCACCGAAACAAAACGCCCAAGAAUGGCAAGAGACACGCCCCUUUCUCUUUACCUAAAGCCUUAUUCAUAACAUUCUGAUAGAAAUGUACCAUGAUGGAACAAACUUGAU